AUGGGAUCGGCUCCCGUGUCGGCCACGCUCCAUCCGUCCGUACUCUUCAGCAUCUGCGACUCGUUCAUUCGCCGCAACGAGGACACGCAGCGCGUCAUCGGAUCGCUCCUAGGAGUCGUGCAUCCCGACGGCACUGUAGACAUCCGUAACGCGUAUGCCGUACCUCAUAACGAGAUCAGCGACACGGUGGCGCUGGACAUCGAGUACCAUCGCACCAUGGCGGAGCUGAGCCAGCGCGUCAACCCCAAGGAGACCAUCGUCGGCUGGUACUCUACCGGCUCUGGUGUGAGCCCCUUCGACGUUUUGAUUCACGACUUUUACACCAAGGAGGCGGGUCACCCCAUCCAUCUCACCAUCGACACCACCUUCCAGUCGCUCGCCGCUGGUGGUGCUUCCGGCCAACCAGGCGGCGCCACGUCAGCGGUGCGCGCGUACGUGUCGACGCCGCUGUUCAUCGGCGAGAAGCAGCUGGCGGCGGCGUUCCAGGAGAUUGAGGUGGACAUGAGGAUGGCUGAUGCGGAGAAAAUUGGAUUUGACAACCUGCGGACAAGCGUGGAGCGCCGACCAGCAGACAUGGAGGGGCUGGCUGGAGGCCACCAUGGGGCGACUGCAGCAGUCCCGCUUGUUUCACCUACCACCCGCCUUCCCUACGCCCCUCUCCCUUCCCCAGUUGACAACCUGCGCAGGACAAGCGUGGAGCGCCGACCUGCAGACAUGGAGGGGCUGGAUGGAGGCCUCCAUGGGGUGACUGCAGGAGUGCCACUUCGCCUACCAGCGGACAUGGAGGGGCUGGAGGCGACCAUGGGCCGACUGCAGGGCAUGGUGGAUGGAGCGCUGGGUUAUGCGACUGAUGUGGUGGAGGGCAAGAUGGAGGCGGACAACGAGGUGGGGCGGGCACUGUGGGAUGCCGUGGCAGCAGUUCCGCGGAUCAGCUCAGAGGCCUUCGACCGGCUCUUCAACAACAGCGUGCAGGUGAGAGCAAAGGGGGUGGGAGGGGAGACGGGGGUGGGCAAGCAAGAGGUGAGAGUGGCAACAGCAGCAGCAGCUCUGGCAGCAGUGCCGCGGAUCAGCUCAGAGGCCUUGGACCGGCUCUUCAACAACAGCGUGCAGGUGAGCGGGGUGAAGGUGUACCUGACUCACUGCUUUCUCACGUGCUGUUCUCACCUCUCAUACUCACUCUCCUCUCCCAACAUUGCAGGACGUGCUUUUGGUGCUGUACCUGGCCAAACUCUCUCUCUCUCAAUCUCACUCCCUCCGCACCCCCCAAUGCAGGACGUGCUUUUGGUGCUGUACCUGGCCAACCUCUCUCUCUCAAUCUCACUCCCUCCGCACCCCCCAAUGCAGGACGUGCUUUUGGUGCUGUACCUGGCCAACCUCUCUCUCUCAAUCUCACUGCCUCUGCACCCCCCAAUGCAGGACGUGCUUUUGGUGCUGUACCUGGCCAACCUCUCUCUCUCAAUCUCACUCCCUCCGCACCCCCCAAUGCAUGACGUGCUUUUGGUGCUGUACCUGGUCAACCUCUCUCUCUCAAUCUCACUCCCUCUGCACCCCCCAAUGCAGGACGUGCUUUUGGACGUGCUUUUGGUGCUGUACCUGGCCAACCUCACCCGCGCACAGCUGGCACUAGCAGACAAGCUCAACACAGCCGCCCAACAACUUUAG